CGGAAUCCGCCGGCCCGACGAGGCGCGUUGUCGGCGGAGAAUGUUCUGCAGAAUGACAGGUGAUUAGGUUGGUUGCUGCGGGCGGUCGGGACCCGGACGGGGUCUGGGGAACACAAGCGGUCCAACCAGACACGUGGCACCGAGGAGGUUCCUUGGCUUCAGAAAAACGAUCGAACCUGACCGGAAAAGGUUGUCGGCUUUGCUAAUGAGCCGAAACUCAAUGGAUCUGGACACUUUUGGCCAGCUGCUGAGAGAGGAGGAAGAGGAAGUGGAGUGGGAAGAGGAAGAGCAGGAGGAGGAGGAAGAGGAGUGGGAAGAGGAAGAGCAGGAGGAGGAAGAGGAGGAGGAGGAGCAAGAGGAAGAGGAGGAGGAGCAAGAGGAAGAGGAAGAGGAGGAAGAGGAGGAGGAGGAGGAAGAGGAGGAGGAGGAAGGUGAAGAGGAGGAAGAGGAGGAGGAGGACGGGGAGGAGGAGGAGCAGGAGGAGGAAAAAUGAUUUGCAACAGAGGAACGCAAGGAGAAGGAUGAGCUGUUACUUCUUCAUGAGCUCAUGGUCGUGGUGGUCGUGGUGUGUUUUUGGCGGGAAAUUGAUUGUAUCUCUGCUCCGGGCAGAGAGAGAAUCGAGCUUUCGUAGGCCGCGGUGGUGGUGGUGGUGGUGUGUUUUUGGCGGGAAAUUGAGGGCAAUCCUGAUCAUGUUGUAAUGGAUAAGGCAUCACGACACAGCUAUGGCUCGCUGAUCGUGGAUGCCUGUUAUUUCCAGUGACUACAUACAUGGAACGUUCUUUCACGUGAUUAAUGAAGGGAGCAUUCAAUCAAGGGGAGACAAAGCAAUCUGAGUAAGGAUGCAAUUACUUGUGGAGGAGUCACUGACCGAUGGAUUGAUUGGAUUGAUUGAUUGGAAUGAUUGGAAUGAUUGGAAUGACUGGUUGGUUGGUUGGUGGAUAGGUUGCUUGAUUGAUCACGCCAGGCAAGGAAGCGAACCAAUCAUCGGUUGAUGGUUGGACCUAAUCAGUCAAUAGUGCAGUUAAAUCAACCUUUUAUCCAUCCAUCCAUCCAUCCAUCCAUCCAUCCAUCCAUCCAUCAAUCAAUCAAUCAGUCGUUUGUUUGACCUACCAUCAAUCAAUCAAUCAAUUGAUUCAAUCAAUCAAUCAAUCAAUCAAUCAGUGGUUUGACUGUCAAUCAACCAAUCCAUUGAUCUGUCAAUGGAACGAAGGAAGUAGCGGCUGACAAAACGGAUGAUGGAUGAUGAUUGGCAUCAGCUUUGCGCUGAGCAUAAUAGCUUGGACGAGUGCAUUGUGAUAGGUGUCUUAAUGGAUCACGUGGUCGUGGAUUGGUCUCUGUUGAUUGUGGAAAUUCUGCGAUACAGCUAAUGUUGAACCAUUUUCUUCGGUAAAUAGCAUAGAUUGAUGGAGAUGGAUGGAUGAUUGUUUGAAUGGAUGGUUGGAUGGAUGGAUUGAUGACACGUGGCAACUGCUCGUUGAUUGAUUGAUUGAUUUAGGGAUUGAUUUAGGGAUUGAUUGGUUGAUUGGUUGAUCGAUUGAUUGGUUGAUUGAUUGAUCGAUUGAUUGRUUGAUUGAUUGAUCGAGUGAUUGAUUGGUUGAUUGAUUGAUCGAGUGAUCGAUUGGUUGAGUGAUUGAUUGGUUGAGUGAUUGAUUGGUUGAGUGAUUGAUUGGUUGAUUGAUUGAGGGAUUGAUUGAUUGAUUGAUUGAUUGAUUGAUUGAUUGAUUGAGGGAUCGAUUGGUUGAUUGGUUGAUCGAUUGAUUGGUUGAUCGAUUGAUUGGUUGGUUGGUUGAUUGAUUGAUUGAUUGAUUGAUCGAUUGAUUGGUUGAUUGAUUGAUUGAUUGAUUGUAAGAGGUGAACUCUUGCUCCUGCCGCUGCUGAGGCUGAGGCUGAGCUUUGCACGACAGUGGCUAUGGGCUGAUGUUCUGGAAAUAGUGACGGAGUGUGCCGGUGGCUUUGGGUUGAUGUGGAGUUCAUGACAAAAAAUAUGGCCUGAUACUGACCUCUGCAUAUGCAUUCUUUCCGUCGUUAUUUUAUGAUGAUCACACAUGCCACCUGCUCGGUGUAUCGCAGAGAGGUGCAGGUUGGUUUGUCAUCCAAUGCAUGCAUGCAUUCGUUUUCUCUGUUUUCAGAUGGGUCUGAAUCUCUGAGCAGUACUGCUAUACCGCCUGUACACGGUCGCAGCCUUGUCGA